GGCGCGCCGCAACCGGAGGAUGCUCGGGAUACCGGCGCCGCUGCCGCCGUCCGCCGCUUCCUGAGCGCCUCGCGCCCGGUCGGGACCGGACCCCGACCCCCCCCGAGGUUUUUUUUUGGGGGGGUGCCCAUGGGAUGUGAUGAGCUCCUCGGCGGUGCCGGCCUCAGCAGCGUGACCCCCCCCGCCCGGCGGGAUGGCUCGUUUCGGAGAGGAGGUGGCGGCCCGCUACGGGCCCGGCGGCGGCGGGAGCGGCCCCGGGGCGGCGGCGGGGGGCCGGGGAGCGGCGGGGGGGGGCCCGCGGCAGGGCCCCCCCGGGGCGCAGCGGCUCUACAAGCAGUCCAUGGCCCAGCGCGCCCGCACCAUGGCCCUGUACAACCCCAUCCCGGUGCGGCAGAACUGCCUCACCGUCAACCGCUCGCUCUUCCUCUUCAGCGAGGACAACGUGGUGAGGAAAUACGCCAAAAAGAUCACCGAAUGGCCUCCUUUUGAAUACAUGAUUUUAGCCACCAUCAUCGCGAACUGCAUCGUCCUGGCGCUGGAGCAGCACCUGCCCGACGAGGACAAGACCCCCAUGUCGGAGCGGCUGGACGACACGGAGCCGUACUUCAUCGGCAUCUUCUGCUUCGAGGCGGGGAUCAAGAUCAUCGCGCUGGGCUUCGCCUUCCACAAAGGCUCCUACCUGCGCAACGGCUGGAACGUCAUGGACUUCGUGGUGGUGCUCACGGGCAUCCUGGCCUCGGUGGGCUCCCAGUUCGACCUGCGGACGCUGCGGGCCGUGCGCGUGCUCCGGCCCCUCAAGCUGGUCUCGGGGAUCCCAAGUUUACAAGUCGUGCUGAAGUCCAUCAUGAAGGCGAUGAUCCCGCUGCUGCAGAUCGGGCUCCUGCUCUUCUUCGCGAUCCUCAUCUUCGCCAUCAUAGGAUUAGAGUUUUAUAUGGGCAAAUUCCACACCACCUGCUUCGACCUGGUCACAGACGAGAUCAAGGUGGAGGUCCCGUGCGGGACGGACGAGCCGGCGCGGAUCUGCCCCAACGGCACCAAGUGCAAGAAGUACUGGGAGGGGCCCAACUACGGCAUCACGCAGUUCGACAACAUCCUCUUCGCCGUGCUCACCGUCUUCCAGUGCAUCACCAUGGAAGGGUGGACCGACCUCCUCUACUAUGUGAGGGCCGGCCCCUCCCGGUGUCCGCCUUUCCCCUCCCGGUGCCCGCCCGACUAUGCAGAAUUCAUUUUCUUGGGACUCUUUAUGUCCGAAAUGUUUAUAAAAAUGUACGGGCUGGGGACGCGGCCUUACUUCCACUCGUCCUUCAACUGCUUCGACUGCGCCGUUAUCAUCGGAAGCAUCUUCGAGGUGAUCUGGGCCGUUGUGAAGCCGGGAACUUCCUUUGGGAUCAGCGUGCUGCGAGCUCUCAGGUUACUGCGCAUCUUCAAAGUCACCAAGUACUGGGCUUCCCUGCGGAACCUGGUGGUGUCCCUGCUCAACUCCAUGAAAUCCAUCAUCAGCCUCCUCUUCCUCCUCUUCCUCUUCAUUGUCGUCUUCGCCCUUUUGGGGAUGCAGCUCUUCGGGGGACAGUUCAAUUUUGAUGACGGGACCCCUCCCACCAAUUUCGACACUUUCCCAGCAGCAAUAAUGACGGUGUUUCAGAUCCUGACGGGAGAAGACUGGAAUGCGGUGAUGUACGACGGGAUCAAAUCUCAGGGUGGCGUCAAGGGCGGCAUGGUUUUCUCCGUCUACUUCAUUGUCCUCACCCUCUUUGGAAACUACACCCUCCUGAACGUCUUCUUGGCCAUCGCCGUGGACAACUUGGCCAACGCGCAGGAGCUCACCAAGGAUGAGCAGGAGGAGGAGGAAGCCGCCAACCAGAAGCUGGCCCUGCAGAAGGCCAAGGAGGUGGCCGAGGUCAGCCCGCUGUCCGCAGCCAACAUGUCCGUCACCAUGAAGGAGCAGCAGAAGAACCAGAAAUCCUCCAAGUCGGUGUGGGAGCAGCGCACGAGCGAGCUGCGGAAGCAGAACCUGCUGGCGAGCCGCGAGGCGCUCUACAGCGAGCUGGACCCCGAGGAGCGCUGGAAGGUUCCCUACGCUCGCCACCUGCGCCCGGACAUGAAGACGCACCUGGACCGGCCGCUGGUGGUGGAUCCGCAGGAGAACCGCAACAACAACACCAACAAGACGCGCCCCGGGGAGCCCCCGGGCGAGCCCCGCUUCGGGCCGCUCCGCGCCGAGGAGCUGCGCCGGCAGCAGCCGCCCCGUUACCCCGAGCACGGCGGCGGCCCCCGGCCCGCGGAGCCCCCCGCGGGACCCCCGGGCGGCCGCCGGCCCCGCAGCAGCAGCCGGGACCCGGAGCGGGAGCCCAGCCAGGAGCGCGGCUACGGCGACGGCGAGCGGCCCAAAGGGCGGCACCGCAGCCGCGACGGCCGCGCCGGGUCCCCGCCGGAGCGGGAGCACCGGCGGCACCGCGGGCACCGGAGAGGGCCCGAGGAGGGGGAGGAGGGAGCCCGGCCCGAGCGGCGGCCGCGGCACCGGGAAGGGGGGCGGCCGCCGCGGGGAGAGGGCGACGGGGAGCACGGGGAUGGCGAGCGGCGGAGGCGGCACCGGCACGGGCCGCCGCCCGGCUACGACGGCGAGGGCAGGAGGGACGACAAGGAGCGGCGGCACCGGCGGAGGAGGGAGACGCAGCCGCCCCCGGCGCCGUCGGGCCCCACGCUGUCCACCACCCGCCCCAUCCAGCAGGACCUGGGGCGCCGGGACCCCCCCGUGGCCGAGGACAUCGACAACAUGAAGAACAACAAACUGGCCACGGCCGAGCCCCCCGCGCCCCCCUCCGUGGGCAACCACACCCCCUGCCCCCCCGCCGGCCCCCCCCGCCGGCCCCCUCCCACCGCCAACCCCCCGCCCCCCGAAAACAGCCUGGUGGUCACCAACCCCGGGCCCCCCAACAACCCCUCCAAGGCGGGCGGCAAGCCCGAGCACACGGCCGUGGACAUCCCACCCCCCUUCCCGCCGCCCCCCAGCAACGCCCUGGUCCAAGUGAACAGGAACGCCAACCCCGAGCCGCUGCCCCGCAAGGAGGAGGAGGAGAAGAAGGAGGAGGAAGGCGACGGGCAGGACGAGAACGGCCCCAAGCCCAUGGUGCCCUACAGCUCCAUGUUCAUCCUCUCCACCACCAACCCGUUCCGGCGGCUGUGCCACUACAUCGUGAACCUGCGCUACUUCGAGAUGUGCAUCCUCAUGGUCAUCGCCAUGAGCAGCAUCGCGCUGGCGGCCGAGGACCCCGUGCAGCCCAACGCCCCCCGCAACAAUGUGCUGCGUUACUUUGAUUACGUCUUCACGGGGGUCUUCACCUUCGAGAUGGUGAUCAAGAUGGUGGAUCUGGGGCUGGUGCUUCACCAAGGUUCCUAUUUCCGGGACCUGUGGAACAUUCUGGAUUUCAUUGUGGUCAGCGGGGCACUGGUGGCCUUUGCCUUCACGAGCAGCUCACGGGGCAGCAGCAAAGGGAAGGACAUCAACACCAUCAAGUCCCUCCGCGUCCUUCGCGUGCUCCGGCCUCUGAAGACCAUCAAGAGGCUGCCCAAGCUCAAGGCCGUGUUUGACUGCGUGGUGAACUCGCUGAAGAACGUCCUCAACAUCCUCAUCGUGUACAUGCUCUUCAUGUUCAUCUUCGCCGUGGUGGCCGUGCAGCUCUUCAAGGGCAAGUUCUUCUACUGCACCGACGAGUCCAAGGAGUUCGAGAAGGACUGCAGGGGCGAGUACCUGGUGUAUGAGAAGGACAACGAGGUGAAGGCGCAGAAGCGCGAGUGGAAGAAGUACGAGUUCCACUACGACAACGUGCUCUGGGCGCUGCUCACCCUCUUCACCGUCUCCACCGGCGAGGGGUGGCCGCAGGUCCUCAAGCACUCGGUGGAUGCUACAUAUGAGAACCAAGGGCCGAGCCCCGGGUACCGCAUGGAGAUGUCCAUCUUCUACGUCGUCUACUUCGUGGUCUUCCCCUUCUUCUUCGUCAACAUCUUCGUGGCCUUGAUCAUCAUCACCUUCCAGGAGCAGGGGGACAAGAUGAUGGAGGAGUACAGCCUGGAGAAGAACGAGAGAGCCUGCAUCGACUUUGCCAUCAGCGCCAAGCCGCUGACCCGGCACAUGCCCCAGAACCGCCAGAGCUUCCAGUACCGCAUGUGGCAGUUCGUGGUGUCCCCUCCCUUCGAGUACACCAUCAUGGCCAUGAUCGCCCUCAACACCAUCGUGCUCAUGAUGAAGUUCUACGAUGCCUCUGACACCUACGAGAAUGUCCUCAAGAUGUUCAACAACGUCUUCACCUCCCUCUUCUCCCUCGAGUGUCUCCUCAAGAUCAUGGCCUUCGGUGUCCUGAAUUACUUCCGUGAUGCCUGGAACAUCUUCGACUUCGUGACGGUCCUGGGCAGCAUCACAGACAUCCUGGUGACGGAGUUCGGGAACAACUUCAUCAACCUGAGCUUCCUGCGGCUCUUCCGCGCCGCGCGGCUCAUCAAGCUCCUGCGCCAGGGCUACACCAUCCGCAUCCUGCUCUGGACCUUCGUCCAGUCCUUCAAGGCCCUGCCCUACGUGUGCCUGCUCAUCGCCAUGCUCUUCUUCAUCUACGCCAUCAUCGGGAUGCAGGUGUUUGGGAACAUCGGAAUUGAGGAGGAGGAUGACGAGUCGGCCAUCACCCAGCACAACAACUUCCGCACUUUCUUCCAGGCGCUGAUGCUGCUCUUCAGGAGUGCCACCGGCGAGGCGUGGCACGAGAUCAUGCUGUCGUGCCUCAGUGGCAAGCCGUGCGAUGAGAACUCGGGCAUCAAGGAGGACGAGUGCGGCAACGAGUUCGCCUACUUCUACUUCGUGUCCUUCAUCUUCCUCUGCUCGUUCCUGGGGUCUGUCCCGGUUUUGGGGGGCCGGGGGGGUCCCGCCCCCCCACUAACGUGUGUCUCUUGCAGCGGGCGCAUCCACUACCGGGACAUGUACAGUUUGUUGCGCGUGAUCUCCCCCCCCCUGGGCCUGGGCAAGAAAUGCCCCCAUAGGGUGGCCUGCAAGGUUCGCCCCCCCCCCAAAACCGACCCCCCCAAACCCCCCCAGCCACGCCGCCCCUCCCCCAGCCCCCGAAUGCGCUUCCUGGCGCCGGAUAUACAUCAUAUAUAUGGAAUAAACAUAUAUAUCAUGUAUAUGGACACACAGCCCCCCGGCAUGGAGACCCCCGGCUUCCCGCGGCCCCCCCGGGACACAGCAGACAAGGGGACGUGGGGACAUGGGGGACAUGGAGGGGGUGUGCGUGGGGACACGGGUCCCCACGGGGCUGGCGAGGCCGGGGUGUCCCGCGCAGAGCCACCCGUGUCACCCGCGUGUCACCCGCGUGUCCCCGCAGGUGGGGCGGACAAGCAGCAGAUGGACGCGGAGCUGCGCAAGGAGAUGAUCGCCAUCUGGCCCAACCUGUCCCCCAAAAACCUGGACCUGCUCGUCACCCCACACAAGUCCACCGACCUGACGGUGGGGAAGAUCUACGCGGCCAUGAUGAUCAUGGAGUAUUACCGGCAGAGCAAGGCCAAGAAGCUGCAGGCCAUGCGCGAGGAGCAGAACCGGACGCCGCUGAUGUUCCAGCGCAUGGAGCCACCGUCCCCCACCCAGGAGGGGCCCCCGGGACCGGACGCGGCGCCCACGGCGGAGCCGGCCGCGCGGGACGGGGACAUGAAGGAGAGCCAGUCCUGGGUCACGCAGCGCGCCCAGGAGAUGUUCCAGAGGACCGGCACCUGGAGCCCCGAGCGGGGACACCCCGACGAUGUCCCCAACAGCCGCCCCAACUCCCAGCUGGUGGAGAUGCGGGAGAUGCCCAAGGAUGGCCACUCGGACAGUGACUACUUGCCCAUGGAGGGGCACGGCCGCGCCGCCUCCAUGCCCCGGCUGCCUGCCGACACCCAGACCAUCGCGGACUCGAGCCCCAUGAAGCGCUCGGCGUCGCUGCUGGGCCACUCCCGCGCCCGCGGCGUUCGCCUGGACGAUUUCUCCCUGGAGCGGGUCCCCCCCGGCGAGGACGGCCAGCGCCACCACCCCCGCCGUGGCCACCGCGGCCACCGCGCCUCCGAGCGCUCCCUCAGCCGCUACACCGACGGCGACACAGGGCUGGGCACGGACCUGAGUGUCACCACGCAGUCGGGGGACGCCCCCGCCAAGGAGCGGGACCCCGAGCGGGGGCGGCCCAAGGACCGGCGGCACCGGCACCACCACCACCAUCACCACCACCACCACCACGGGGGCGGCGCCGGGGGGGACCGCGACCGCGGCGUGCCCCCCCCCGAGCGCCACGACUACGGGCGGCCCCGCUCCCGGGACCGCCGCUGGUCCCGCUCGCCCAGCGAGGGCCGGGAACACGCGGCCCCCCGCCAGGGCAGCAGCUCGGUCAGCGGCAGCCCGGUGCUCUCCACGUCCGGGACCAGCACCCCCCGCCGCACCCGCCGCCAGCUCCCGCCGACCCCCGCCACGCCGCGGCCCCACGUCUCCUACUCGCCCGCCGCCCGCCGCCCCCCCCCCCCCGCGGGCCCCACCGCGACGCGGAGCCGCCGCCACCGCUGCCGCUCGACGGACGCGCCCCCCGCGCCCCCCGCGGCACCGUCACCCCCGGUGGGGGCGGCCCGUCGCCCCCCCGGCCCGCCCGGCGGCUGCCGAACGGGUACUACCCGGGCCACGGCGCCGGGAAGGGGCGGCCCGGGCUCCGCGACCCCUACAGCGAGACGGACGAUGACUGCUGCUAGCGGCGCCUCCCACGGCGUGUCGCGACAGGGCGCGCACGCGGCCGGCAUAUCGCGACAGGGCGCUCCGCCACGUGUCGCGGCCAGGGGGGUGGGAGUCGCCACCCACACCGCACCCCCCCCCCCGCCCGCUCCCGGGGUUUUGGAUGAGUUUUAUCAUCUGGAGGAGCCGCCGCCGCCGCGGGGGGGGGCGGCCCCGGGGACCCCCGAGACUCCCCGGGACCCCGCGAAGCUCCCGGGGGAGCCCCCCGGCCGGGAGGAGCCGCCGGGGCGGGAGCGGAGCCCGGGAGGCUCCGGGAUGGGCACCGGGUACCGCCACCGGCAACAGCGGGAACGGGCACCGGGAACACCGGGAACGGGCAACCGGCCCCCCACCCCGCCCGAGGCACGGAGGCGGCAGAACCGGGGCCGCCGCCAUUGCAUGAACCGAAACCAUUAA